GUUCGUUUUCUAUACAUAUAGUCCAGCUGGCCAAAAAUAGAGCCAACAAAAAUAUUCAUCGAUGAAUUCCAACACUGUGUUAAUUAUUAUAUUUUGUAGUGAAAACUUGUCUACUGAUUAAUCAAAAUAAAGAUGAUUAAUUUUUUCUAUUUUUUGCAGUCAUUAAUCAUGUACUUAUUAUUUUUAUGAUGUACAGUUUUGUUUGAUACUUGUUAUUAGUUUUAUCUGAUGUUUCAAAGUAAUUACUCAAUAUGGCAAGUUUCAACAGAUCCACAGUUACAAGUUCUGAUGUACGAAGUGCAAAUCCUGAUGAAAGGGAAACAUUGCUAGAACAUGAUAGUGAUCCAGAUGAAGAUAUGAUAUUUAAUCGCUCUAGUGUGUCCUCAGAUGAUGUUGAAGUACACAGAAAGAUUGAUAGUGUAAAAGUACAAAUACGUGAAGUGACUGAAGUUAUGCGUGAUAAUGUACAAAGAGUACUAGAAAGAGGAGAACGACUAGAAGAUUUACAAAUGGCUAGUGAUAGAUUAAAUAUUGCUGGAAAUGAAUUUCGUGAUGCUGCUAAAAAAGCACAACGAAGAGCUUGGAUCCAAAAUAUUAAAUCAAGGGCACUCGUCGUAGGAAUUACCAUCAUAAUUAUUUUAUGCAUCAUAGUUUUAGAUAUUGUGGUGCUUUAUCUGGUUGUCAAAUAAUUAUCGUCUUAUUCUGCCAAAUUGUUAUACAAAAUUAAGUGCCUAUCAUUGUGAAGUAUUCUUGACUGAACAGUUAAUUGAGAAAUUCAGUACCUUAUUUUACACAAUAAUCAUCAGAUAGCAAAAUAUUGAUUCCAGUCUUAUACAUAUUUGUAAACAAAUGUAUAAAGUAUUAAAUAAUGUUUAAUUAAUACAGGAUAUAUUUUUAUCUUUAUAUUUUUAAAAAAAAACUGAAAAUUUUUAUUAUUGUAUUGUUUAUUGAUAACAUGAAAUACUGU